GCUGUCUUUUGUGUAGUAAGCAGCCUGUUUUGUUAACGCAUUGACUGUGUGCGUAGGUGAUUUACUGUUUAAUCGCAGGGCGCCACUUGGAGAAUAGUGGAAGAAAAGGCGGUUGUGCAAAAGCAAUGUGCACAGAUGGCUCCUUGCAAAGUUGAGCAGAAAAGGACGACAAGCAACAGGUUGAGCAGGGAUGUCCUGGCUCUCAGGUGACCAGACGCCGGUCCGCUGCAACGCUCCACUCUGCAGCAGCGCUCCUCAUUAAAAUUCUAUCCCAGUACUCGCGUGCGCGGUCCUCCCUCACUCGGUGGGUGGCACCGUCGCGACCAAAACCCCGACGGCCGACUGCCUGGAGGGCGGAGAGAGACGUCAGAGCCGACGCAGGCGAGAGGCGGGAGCAGGAGUUUCGGCAGGGGUCCUCAGAGCGUAACGACCACGGUUGGUGACACCGCCUAGUGCAGCGCAUCCAGCGGUUGGAUACAUCGGCAGGUGCGACGUCACACGGACCCUUGUGGGCGUCCUCCGUAUGCUGAUGGUUCCCCCCUCGGCAACAUGUGCACUUCGAAGCGGUGAAGUGUGGCUCCCUCCCUGGCGUUCAAUUAUUAUUGGUCUCGGAUACGCCGACGUCACCGCGCUGCCAUAUAGAGAACCAUGAGCACUGUAGAGGAGGACCCGGAUCACAUGAUACCAUGAAGACAAGCCUGCAGGUCCUGCGCUGCCAGCUGCUGAGUGUUCUCGCCUUUCUAGCACUGCCAGCAGUACUUGUGUCAUCAGCACAGGAGCUGUACCUCGGCCAUAUGUCCCAGGACUCUGUCACCAUGGCAACUGCCAGCAGCAGCAGCAGCAACCACGUCCUGUCUGCCUCUGAGCCUCUCCACCUGGACUGGCACAGGGAAGGAUCCAGCAGCGGAGAGUGGUCGCUCAAAAGGGGACCUGGACCCACAAACAUCCGCCCUCUCUCAUUCUGGCGUCUCACCACUGAACCCUCCAGACAGGCCCCAGGAGUACCUCUCGCUCAUGACCUGGUUACGGUUGUCCCAAACGCUUUGACUACCCAUAGGCACAACCUGAGAAGGGAGAACCCAUAUCCUGUGAAGAGUCCAGAGGAUAAGGAUGAAGUUCUCCGGUCCCUCAGGGAGUAUGCUCAGGGACACCACGUCAUCACCCUGAGGGAGGUGCAUGCCGAUGAGACUGAGCCCCCAACGGAUGAGCUGCUGUUGGCGCCUAAGGCAGAGUUGAUCGCUCCUGGAAAGAAUUCAUCAGAGAAUCAAACCUCCUCCGUGCCCACCUCCGCUCUCUCCACAGAAUUCCACCCUACGCUAACCCCAAAUAACCACCUAACAACCAAUGACACCGACAGGGUCACGCUCCCAUCCCCCCUCCCUAACACCACAAACAAUGACCCUCUUGGACCCGGGCGAGUGACAGCACACGUGGGGGCGCCAUCCAACAGCAGCAAUGCCCGCAAUGAUACGGCCGCUCAGGAAAGCAGCCACUCAGAGCGUCCAUCCACAGACAGUGGUAGCUUCCUGAACAGGCAAGUCCCCGCCACCACAAAGGACCCCUGGACCGCCGACAACAGCUCAGGGCCCACAGUGGACUCGCCCCCAUCCCGCGUCACCAUCUGCUUGAGUCGGAUGGACAUUGUGUGGAUCGUGCUGGCCAUUAGUGUGCCUGUGUCGACCUGCUCCGUGCUGCUGACCGUGUGCUGCAUGAGGAGGAGGAAGAAGUCGUCAGGUCAGGAGAACAACCUGAGCUACUGGAACAAUGCCAUUACCAUGGACUACUUUAGCAGGCAUGCCGUGGAGCUGCCCAGAGAGAUUCACACUCUGGAGAGCGAGGAGCACGACAGCUGCCUGCCGCCAAACGGGGACUACAGCAGCAGCAGUGUAGUGCUGGUGAACCCUUUCUGCCAAGAGACCCUCUUCAUCAACAGAGACAAAGCGUCUGCCAUCUAGAGACAAUACCGUCUUAUUUUGUAAAACGCUGCAUAUGGCAUAGAGCGCGGUGAUGUAUACAGUCUUUACUAUGAGGAUACAUCUGCAUAUUUUUCUGAUGUACAUUUUUUUACAAAAUUAUUAAUUGUGAUAAAAAAAAAGUUUUUAUGUCUUUAUAAACAAAUUAAUUUGUUUAUUGACUGUGGCCUCACAGAGAAGAAACAUGCUAUGAGAAAGUGCAGUUGUUUUAUUAUUUAGAUAAAUAAUCAAGCUAAAAUGACUUAUAGCCUGUUCAACUUGAAUAUAAUGCCUGUUUUAUUUUGUUGGGGGGUUGAUGCAUGUUUCCAGGUAAUGAUCACAUGAUCAGUCAUUCAAUGGCUUCAAAUCAACAUUAUACUCAGCGGUAUGUUAUUUUGCAUAAUUUAGGAGUGUUCAAAUUAAAAAGAUAAUUCUAAAAUACACAACCAACUGUAUUUUUUUUUUCAUUAUGACCAAUUAUGAUAUGUCUGCACCACCUAUAGUAUAAUCUGUUUAAUAUUUUAAAGCGAUAAAGGGUGUUUAUGAAUAGCUUUAAAUCUUGGGUUAUAGUCCUUUAUUUCAGUGUCAAUCAAAGAGAAGUAGCUGCUUCUCUUGUCACCAGCUUCUCAGAGGAAGGACCACGCCGUUGACUUAAUAAUUCCUCAGUUAUUGCCUUUGUAGGUCAUAUGUGUGUCUGCUGUAGUCUUCCCCCACCUUGUUCUCCAUGCUCAUGUUGCCCUGUGCCUCUGUGUUUGUGUGUGUCUUGUCACUUGUGUGUGUCGUGCCCAGUUUGAGAUUUGCUCCAGCGCUUUAGCACUUCAACCACCUCCUUUAUUACCAUGAUCCAAAUGCUGAGUGAUGAAUCACACUUUACGUGCGACAACCUGUGCCCAAACAUUCAUUAUCAGCACAUAUAAGGAAGGGGUGGUUUAUUUUGGAAAAAUGCAUCUCAGUUUGGACAUUUCGAGUGCUGCAACUUCCACUUAGUAUUUAAUGCUGCCAAUUGUCACUUCAAAAUUAUCCUAAAUGUGUUCAAUCAUGGAAUGAAAAGGUGAUUCUUAACAACAUGGAUGUUGACUUUUUUUUUUUUUUUUGCAUUGGCUACUAGCAGCCCAGCUUGUUGUUUUGCACAGUGGAGCAAAGUGUUCAACAUGAUGUAUUUUUUUGUACUGUAGUAUAUACACUGUACUUUUUACUGCUGAACAAUAAAACAAUGAAAACAA